AUGCAAAAAGAACAACAAUCUGGAUCAUCGUUUGGUGAAUCUCAAUUUUAUGCGCGAACAUCGAAUACACCUACUACAAAACAAUAUGAUUUAAUUUAUCAGAAACCUAAUCAAAUACAUUCAUCACCAAUAAUUGAGGAUACAUAUCACGAUGUUAUCAAUGAUCUUCAAAUCAAUACAGGCCAAAGAACUGAUAUUAAAAAUAUGCCAACAAAAAUUUACACAGAUUGGAAUCCUACAUAUGAAGAAGAGUAUAUAAAACAAUCUAUUGCAAAUCAAGAAUUACUGAUUAUUGAACCUACAGAUGUUAAUAUCCAAAAAAAUUUUCCAUUAAAAAAUGAAAAAGCAACAACAUCAUCCAAUACAAUUAUUCCAAAUGCAUUUCAACGUCUUCAUCGAUUUGAUAUAGAAAAUGAAUUUCAAAAUGAAACAAUAAUAACAUCAUCAUCAGCAUCAAUAACUCGUCCAUUGAAAGAUUCUAUUGAAAAAAUGCAACAUGAUAUUGAUGAUAAUAAUGAUACUUCAACAUCAACAACAAAUCGUUCAAUACAUUUACCAAUUGACAAACAACGUAGUCUUUCGGAAAUUAUUCGAAAACGUAAUAGUCGAUAUAAAGUUGAAGAUUAUAAACGUUCAUUUCAAAAAUUUCAUACAUUUGAUCAACCACAAUCCGAUUAUUAUCGAUCAUUAACAACAUCAAAAAGUGAUCAUGCUUUAUCGAAUAAUCAAACUUCCAUUUCGAAUAUGAAUCCCACAGAAAUUAAACGUUUAACAAAAACAAAAUCGGUUGAUAUACCUAUUGAAUAUAAUAAACGAACACAUAUAUCCAUGGAACAAUUUGAACCAAUUAAUAAUAAUGCCGAAAAAAAGAAUUCUACUGAAAACAAUGAAAUUAAUGACAAAAUGACUGUUGCUGCUAAAAGAAAUUUAUUUGAAACAUUUUCAAAAGAUGUCCAAUUUAGUCCUCGUUUAACACGUUCAAAAUCGUUUAAACAGGAAAAUUCUUCACUUUUAUCCAGCGAAAUCAAAUCUCCAUUAUUAUCAAAAACAUACAAUAAUGAAAAACAACAACAACAACAACAACAGCAACAGUCUAAACCAGAAGAUAUAAUUCCAUCAGAAAUUGAUGAUAUUUCAGUAGAACAUAAAUCUGAUGUAUUUGAUGAUGAUACAUCAAAAUUAACAUUUAGAGAAAAAAUGAUUCUAUUCAAUAAAAAGAAAAAUAUGGGAUUAACAUUACAAUCAUCAUUAAAAACUAAUCGUAAUCGACUUACUCAGCCAAUAACUGCUGAAGAAGUUCAAGCAGCUGAAAAUCUAUCUCCUGAACCAUCACCAACAUCAACUGCAAAACAAUUAGCAACAAAACCUCUUGUGAAUGAUAAACCCCUCAUGCAUGAUAAUUCUUUAUCAUUAUCAAUUAAUUCUUCAUUAGAAGAAAUUUUUUUUCCAAUAAAAUCGACCAUUCGAACAAAUGUUUUACAAGAAAACCGUUUUGAUGAAGAGCAUGUUAAACAUAUAUCUAUGCACAAUAUUGACGAUACAAAUAUGUUGAGUCCAGAGGAAGCAGAAAAUAUGAUACCGGUGAGCAAAAGACUCGAACAAUUAAAAACAUACGGUGAAAAUGAAUGGAAAAAACGUGUUAAAUCAAUAAAUGAUGCAAAUGAAUUUACUGUUGAAGGAAAACUUCGACAAGCAGGAAAAAUUCCUACACUUACAGAUGAACAAAAACCAUUGCCAACGAGUACACGUAAAACUCCAACAUUAAAAUACAAUACAAAAAAAAACAAUACUGAUCAACAGCAACGUGCUAAAACCGUAGAUGUUGUCCGUCUGAAAACUGCAUCAAAAAAGCCAAUCAAUAAUAAUAAUGUUAUUUCGGUCGUAAAAUCAGAUCGAAUAUCUGUAUUAAAACCUGAUGAUCAUCUUGAUGAUUUUUUUGCUGAUACAAAUAAAAAUUUAAAUAAUCAACCAUCAGUUCAAUUAAAUACUGAUGAUCUUAACCGUAUUGCUGAAAAUGCUGUCAGAUUACAAUCGCAACCUGCUCGUGUUCGACCACCACGUCGUCAACAACAAGGUACGAAAAAUCCUCUUCGUCAAAUUCAAGCAACAAUACCAACAGCUAAUGAAUAUACAGAAGUACAUACAGAUCUAUCGGAACAAGAACUUCGUCGAUUAAAACGAGCUCAAAUUGCUGAAAAUGCUGGUCUUGCUCAAGAAGCUUUAGCUGCUUUAGCAGCAACAGAAAAUUUUGCUGAAAUUAAUUUACGUAAAAUUGAUCGUUCAUCCGUCGCAACAUUUGGUUUUGAACCAUAUAAAGAAUUAAUGUUAAUAUUAAUAAAAGGACGUCGUCAUUGUUCAUUACGUCUUAUUAAUCCAAUAUAUGAAUCAAUUAAUGAAGGUGAUUGUUAUUUAUUAAUAACACCAUCAAAAGUAUUUGCUUGGCUUGGUCGAUAUUCAAAUGCAUUAGAAAAAGCUAAAACAAUGGAUAUUAUAGAUUAUUUAAAACAACAUCGAGAUUUUGGUUUGCGUAGUGAAGUUAAAUAUUUUGUAUUAGAUCAAGCACAUGAUGAUACAGAAAAUGAUAUACAUGCUGAAUUUUCUGAUAUUUUACAUGGUCAUCAUGAUGAUUUUAAAACAAUUGAUAAUGUUAUCGAUGAUGAUUUUUAUGAAGCUAAUAUAAUGGAAUUAAAUCGUGUUUAUCGUUUAGAUAAUGAUAUGCUUAUACCAUUAGAUGAUUUUUGUUUUCGUUCAUUAUCAAUUAAAAUUCUUGAUUCAAAUGAUAUAUUUGUUUUUGAUUUUGGUUCAGAAGUAUAUAUAUGGAAUGGUAAAUAUGCUGAUAAAAUUAAACGUAAUAUGGGUUUACAAUUAGCACAACAAUUAUGGAAUGAUUCAUUUGAUUUUUCAGAAUGUUUAAUUAAUCCAUUUGAUCCACUUGAUGAUAAAAAUGAGCUUAUAAGUCCAAAAGGAACUAAACGACCAACAUGGUGUAUAUUUGGAAAACAAAAUCAAUAUGUUGAAACAUUAUUAUUUAAAGGUAAAUUUUAUGAUUGGCCUGGUGAUCUUAAAGAACUUAAACCGGUUAAUGAUGCUGCUAAUAGUGUUAAUCGAAUACCAUCAGCAAGACGACCACCAUCAAUUGUUGAAAUGCUUAAACCAGCAGAUGUAAAUAAAAUGCUUAUGAAACAAGAUAAUCCAGUAAAUAUGGUACUUGAACAAGCAAAUUUAGGUCGAGGAAAACAUUGGUAUGAUCCAAUUGAAUUACGUGGUCAUGAUGUUCAAACAAUAUCAUUAAAUGUUUGGCAUGUUAGUGAUAAUGAACGUUAUGAAGUAGUAAAGUCAAGUUAUGGACAAUUUCAUUCAGAUGAUGUUUAUAUUAUUCGAUGGCGAUAUAAAUUAGUUGCAUCAGGUUUUCAUUCAAUAACAACAGGUAAAGCAUCUGUACGAAAGACAGAUACAGGUCGUGAUCGUGUUGCUUAUUGGAUAUGGCAAGGUAUUAAUGCAAGUCCUAAUGAAAAAGGUAUUUCAGCAUUAAUGACAGUUUUUUUGGAUGAAGAAAAAGGACCACAUAUUCAUGUUAUUCAAGAACAUGAAGAAGCAACAUUUUUACAAUUAUUUGAUGGUACACUUACAAUACAUAUGGGUAAACGUAAUCAAGUAAAAGAAAAAAAAUCACAUUGGCAUCUUUAUGUAUUUCUUGGUGAAAUUGAAGUUGAAAAUCAUUGGUGGGAAUUAAAUGUUGAUAAUACAAAUUUACGUAGUCGAACAUCAUUUUUAUUAAUUAAUAAUAUAAAAAAUAUUAUGUUACUUUGGCAUGGAUGUGGAACAACAGAUGAAAAACGAUUAUUAGCAAAUAAAUCGGCUAUGAAAUUACGUGAAAAAUGUCCAGAAGAAUUUCAUUUCCAUGGUGAACGUGAAGAUAUUGAAUUUCAUGAAAUACAAGAAGGCAAUGAAAUAGAUUUAUUUUGGAAUGCAAUCAAUGAAUCAACACAUGAAAGAAAAUAUUAUUCUUUAUUAAAUGUUCGAUCAAAUCAAAAAUUAACUGCAACUAUGCGUAUAUUUCAUUUAUCAAGUCUUCAUGGUCCUUUUGUUGCUCAAGAACUUGUUUAUCCUCUUCGAUCACCUGAUCAUAUAUCAGCAUUUCCAUUUACUCAAGCAGAUUUGUAUGAACUUCAACAACCAGCCCUAUGUUUAAUUGAUACUGAUACAGAGUUAUAUAUAUGGCAAGGAUGGAAUGAUUUAUCUGAUGAUGAACUUGAUUUACAACUUUAUAAUGCAAAUAUACAAGCUGGUAGUCCAAGAGAUUUACGUUUUGCAGCUGAACGUCGUUGUGCUUUUCUUACAGCUGUUGAAUAUUGUAAAGUAAAAACCGGUUCAGCAACUGUUGAUUUAUUUUGUUCAAUAGUAUAUGCUGGUUUAGAACCUAUUGAUUUUAUUAAUUUAUUUCCAAAAUGGACGAUUCAUAUGAAAGCUCGACAACAAAACCAAUUGGAAGGCAAAAAAUUAGAUCAAAAAGAUUCAGUUUCUGAUAUACUUGCAAAUUUAUGUCGUGAACAGUAUACUAUUGAAGAACUUCGAGCUCGUCCAUUACCAGAAGGUGUUGAUCCAUCAAAAAUUGAAUUUUAUCUUUCGGAUGAUGAUUUUCAGAAAGAAUUUCAUAUGACUAAAGAUGAAUUUUAUGCUUUACCAUAUUGGAAACAAACAAAUAUUAAAAAACCACUUGGCUUUUUCUAA